AUACAUAUCUCAACAUUCUUUUGCAAAAUAAUUUUGAAAUGUAGAAGUCAAUUGACCUAGGGCUUCAAGCAGCAUCUACUAUAAUUCAAUUGCCAGAGGAAAGCAUAGGAAAGAUGUCGUCACCAACACGUUCACCACCAGUCGUCCGUUCGCCGCCUCUUGCAGAAGCUCCUAAAGAAAGUGCUGUUGUAAGAUUAUUCAUCACUCCCAUAACAUUCAUCUCUUUCCUUCUCUCACUCGCCCUGGUCGACUCUCGAAAUCAUCACCUCCGCACCCAUUCCCAUUCGCCAAAUCGUCCAGCACCCACUACCAUCUUUGGUCGUCUCAAGUUGUUUCUGCAUUCAUUAGUCUUCAAAUCUGUACCAGAAAGUCCUUAUGCAUAUGUCAAAUCCCCUGACGCGAGAGAACGAUCGAGAAGUGGACAAAGAAACGGAAGUGGGACAGAGAAAGAGAGGGAGAAAGAGCCAUGGCAUUGGCACACGAAACAGAGGCAUCUGAUGAAAGCUGAGAUGGAUGAUGCUUUCAAGGUCAGGAAAUGGGUCGUGAUAUUCAUGGCUUUGAUGGGGUUAGGACUAGCAAUUGGAGGGGCUGUAUUUGUGAGGUGGUGUUUGUGGGGCCUCAGCAAUUGGAGGGCUGGGAGCGGGUUGCCGGAGAUUUGAAGACGGGUGAAGGCUGAAAUAAUCUGUAUAAAUACGGGAUGGUUGGGAGGAGCAAAACGUGGCUUUGGCGUUUGUGGAGUUGGCUUCGUGAAUUUUUCAAAGGAAUCGACGAGCUGAGUCAAGAAAAAAGACUGAUGUCUUGACGUUUGGGUUGAUGACGGGAUUGUUGGAUGACAUGAGGAGUAUAUAAUGUACUUUUUAUAUCAGAGUAAAUGCUCAACCUGAAGACAGAGAUCUCAUCGUCGAUGACAGGGGUUGAGUCCCCUAAAUGGCGUGCCAAUGGUAGACGCAAGACUGGGGUUGAGGCAUAGCACAUAUGCACAAGCCCGGGCUUCAUUUGCUUUUUCAAGUACGAUAUAACAAACAGAAAGCUGCAACGCACGACUCAAGUGCAACAGACAGAAC